GUGAUUCCGCAAGCCGAUUGGAAUUAAAAGUGCUCAUUGACUCGUCUAUUGUUAAGAUUGAGAACAAUAAGCUGUGGAUGCAUGAUCAACUUCGAGACCUAGGUCGGGAUAUCAUCCAAUGGGAGCAUUGUGAACUUGGAAAACGCAGCAGAUUGUGGUUACAAGAUGAAGCCUUGGAUGUGCUGACAAAUGAAAAAGGAACGGAUAGCAUUCAAGGUGUUCUUCUCAAAUUUGAUAGUAGGUCACAGUGUAGUUUUAAACCAGCACAUUUCGCAAGUAUGUCGAACAUAAGAUUCCUUAGAUUGGAUCAGGCGAACCUUGAAGGAAAGUUUGAGCAGCGUCUGUCAAGUUUAAGAUGGCUCCACUGGCGAGGUUGUCCUCGUAAUCUUUGUGCUGGAAAUUUGGAUUUGAAGAAAUUGGUUAUUCUAGAUCUUUCCUGGAGCAAGGUCAACGAAAAAUGGAAUGGUUGGAGAGAAAUCAAGAAAGCCGAGAAAUUGAAAGUUUUGAACCUCACCGGUUGUGUUGACUUGAUCAGAACUCCAGACUUGUCUUAUUACAAUUGUUUAGAGAAAUUGAUUCUUGAAAGGUGCAUUCGAUUGGUUGAAAUCGGUUCAUCGGUAAAAAGUCUGGAGAGGUUGGUUUCACUGAACUUGAGGUCUUGUAUUGAACUCAAUAAGUUGCCUGAAGAGCUGGGUUCCCUCAUAUCCUUGGAAGAGAUUCUUAUAGAUGGAACUGCUGUUCAAGAAAUUCCUGCCUCCAUUGGUCAUUUGCAAAAGCUUAGAACAUUUAGUGCCUGCAACUGUCUUUCAUUGAUCCAGCUGCCCGAUUCAAUUAGUCAUGUGAAAUCUCUGAUAUUCUUCGCACUUAAUGGCACCAAAAUAACUGAACUUCCCUUGUCUGAAGAGUUAGAAGUGCUACAACACUUGUCAAUAAAUCAUUGUAGGUCAAUAUUGAAGUUACCAAUGUCCUUGGGGAGUUUGGCUUCAUUGAUCAAACUUGAUUUAUCAAGCACUGGAAUUGUUGAAUUACCUAAUACUGUCAAUAAGUUAGAUCUUUUAGAAGUGCUCAAAAUUGAUUUUACUUUUGUACGAGAGCUGCCUGGUGCUAUAUGGAAGUUGAAGAGGCUUGAAGAACUGCAUGCUUCAGGAUGUCGGAGUUUGGCUGGGGAAAUUCCUACAGAUAUUGAGAAGCUUUCGAGAUUGAAGGUCUUGAGGCUUGGAUACUCUCAGAUUUGUGGCCUACCCGAUAGCAUUUCUAGACUUGCCAAUAUGCAAACACUUGAUCUGCUUCAUUGUGACAAGCUCCAUGGAGUGCUCGAGCUUCCUUCCACUUUAAUAAGCCUAUCUGUCAGUUCUAAAUUGAUGGAUACAAUCCCAGACAUCAGUAACCUGGUUAAGUUGGGAGAGUUAUUCUUGGCUGAUGGAUCCCAGGAACUAGUGUUACCUGACCAAGGUCAAGUUGAGGCCAAAGGACACACUAAUUUGGAGCUCGGGAGUUUUUCAGAGCUAAAGAUAUUGCAACUAUCUCUGUUAAAGAUCCAACUACUACCUGUCGGGUUGGAUCUCCUUUGUAAGCUCACAAAGCUCUCCCUUUGCUGCAUUCACUUGAAAGAGCUACCAUGGCUUCCUCUAGGUUUAUUCACUCUCUCACUUCACUAGUACAAAUCACGGACAAGAUUGCCAGAUCUUUCAUAUUUGGAGCUCUUGUCAGAAUUCGAGCUUUCCAAUUGUGCUGUAACAAAAGUUGCAGGCCUUGGGCAGUUCAAAUCCUUGCGAAUUUUCAGAAUAUCUCACUGCAACCUCCAACAGCUGGAUGAGCUGGAGAACUUGAUAUUUUUAGCAUCGUUGAAUGUUUCGUGCUGUCAAAGUCUUGAGAGACUUCCCGAUCUAUCAAAACUGAAGAAGCUGAAAGAUAUUAAAAUCAAGGGCUGUCCGAAGAUUCGUGAUAUUAAAAGUGUGGAACACCUGCAUUCCUUUGAGAAACCAAUUAGUGCCAUAAUUGAGACGGAAAGCUCAUCUGAGGUGGAGUUUAGCAAACCAGCUAAUAGCAAACAUUCUUCCAUUCAGGGUGUCCAAUGCAAGGAUAAAGGUUCAUCAACCACGUGGCAUAGAGUGAAGGCUGUUGCUUCCAAAUUCAGCUGUCAGAUGAUUUCCAGAACCAAGCCAACACCCUCUUUUCCACAUUAAUCAAACUUAAGUGUUGAGCCACAGAGCAAGAAGAUGUGCCACUUGACAGGGCAUCGACUAUCCCUUCUUUGGCAACAAUUGGUUCUGCUGUGCCUCCUCCUGCUGCUCAACCAUAGUCAUCAUCAGCAAUGGACAAAGAUAAAGCCCCUAUAAUUGUCGAGGCAGAUUUAUGCAGUCACGGAGAGGAAUCUCUUUUCUCAAAGAUCAAGUCUCUGUUGAGUGGUGACUCAGGAGAGCAAAAUACUGGGACAGAGAUGUCAGAAGCAAGUCAUUUUGAUCUUCAAGCAUACCAGAAUGCAUCGCAAGAGGUGGAAAUUAUAAUGAGUCAGAAACUCCUGGCAAUUAUGUUUAAUACCAAGCUACUUGGUCAUUUGUGAGAAUUACUGAACUUCUUAGUCGAAGAAAAUGCGCCAGAGGUCUCUACUAUUGGACAUCAAUGUGUCUAUAUCAAAUUGCAGAACUUUAUUCAGACUGCGGGUGACUCCCUUUCUUCCCAAUAAAAGAUCCUCAUUGAAUGUGAGAGGUUAGAAAGGAAGCUCAAAAUGGAAAAGUAUCUUCUGGCGUCUGACAAGGAUGAAGUUCGUUUGAUCAAGAAACAAUGUGAAGAGAAAGCUAAGAGUGUGGCUGACAAUGAGCGAGUUAUGACCCAACUUCAAGCAGAGAUUGGGGCACGCAAGCAGACAGUUGAGAAUGCAAAGUCAGAAAUAUCAUAUCUGUCGACAAUGAGAUUAGAGAAAGUUAAGGAACUGGAGAAUUAAGUACGAGCAGGUCCUCAGUAUGAAGAGAGAGAAUCCAAGCAUGGAAAAGAAGAGAAAUCAAGCUCAGGAUAUGAUUGACAAAAUCAAUGUAGAGUGGAAUGACUUGUACGCCGAUAUUAAAGGCCGAUUGGCCUCUAAAUAGGCUGGCACUUUUCACUUUCCUUUAUUUGAAUCUUCACGUAUCGAAAAAUUUUCCAUUCUGGCAAAAAACACAGGUUUGGAGUUUCAUUCGUGGUUA